AUGCCCCUAGCUUUCAGAACAGCUCUAGCAAGUAUCCACCUCGUGAUACAAAGCCUAAACCUCCUCAUCUCUACGACCGCAACUCCGAUUGCGAACACCACAACCCCUAUCCUCACCCUCCCCAGCAAUAACAUCGGCACCCUAUGCACCGAAGCGCGCACCUGGGUCGCAAACGGGUUCUACCGUAGAGACUGCCUCGCCAUCACCGACUACAUCUACAACAACGAACGAGCGGUUCGAAUUCACGUCCCUGAGCGCUACGACCACGAGGACGCCGAUUUGCCCAAGAUAAUGACGCCGAGGAAAUACGAGUAUGGGACCUGCGUGGUCACGAUAGCCAUGAUGGAUCGAUUCCAACCCAGGGAACUGCCCGGGUCGGAUUUCAGGGAAAGGUAUGAGGAGACGGAUGUGGCGACGUUUGAUGCGAUGUGGCAUGCGGCGAUGAAGGUUGAUUUUGAGUGUGUGCGGCAUGGGAAGGCGGGAUGGGUUGCUGCGGAGGGCAUGAAACCUGUGGUGUCGUUUUUCUUUUUGAAUACCGAAGAACUCGACACUGACCUUGAAAUGCUGCUAGGGGACCAAGGAAGCAUUGGAGUUCUCAUUAUGACGAGUGGCUCGGCGGAGGACAGGACUAUCCCGGACGGCCCGCCCACUGUUGCAGGAGCGACUUCAGCGCCUUCGGGCUUCAUUACUUUGCCUAAUAUUACAGGGUUGAUUGAGACUAGCGGUAAGUAG